CACAAAUGGCAGCACUGACUGUCUUGAGAAUCGAGAGUUCUGAAAUUACCGUCCAUUCCAUACAAUCCCUGCCAUUCAGUAACCAAGGUCCUUCAUAGAAAAGCUGUAUCAGGAAUAUGCAUGCAUGCAUGCGUAUUGGAAGGAGAGCAAAACACCUUUUUUUCAGAACAGCCCGGAUCCAAUCCCAAUCCAGUAUAUUUCCCGAGUCUCCAGCCCGAAUCUAUCCGGGAGUCAUGCCUAAUUUGAAGAAGCAAGGAAGCAACGUUGUUGGGCCACAGCUGAUUUGACUGUGAAACAAUUGUGAACAUAACAACAAACCGAAUCGUUGGACCCCCGUUUCUGGCCGACGCCCGUACCCGACCAGCCAGAACCCGUUGAAUCCGGACCACCCGUUGUCCAUUUGGAAAUCCAUGGCUGGGCUCCAACUGGCCAUUCCAUCCACCCCAUGAUCGCGCCCAAGGCCCCCAUUGCCAAAGCUGGGACGCGGGAGCGGGCCAUCCGCCGCCGGCGCUCCGUCCCGCCGCAAGCCCGCACCCUCCGUAACCCCGGCCAACUCCAUGGCGAUGAAGCUGAACUGGAAGUGGUACUCAAUCCGACGCCCGUUAAAGGUCCGGAUCUCGGCCCACCCGCCACGCCCCCGGGUCCGUCAGCCACAAGGCCGGCCCAUCCCGGCGCCCUGGACAGUCAUAAAGAGAAUCUGGAGCUGAAAUCCCUCCUUUUGGCUCAAUUGGACACGAUUCAACGUCAAAGCGAGGAUAUCUGUCGCAAAGAUCGCCAACUUCGCGAUUUACAGCGAGAGAAUGGCGAUUUAAAACGGCGCCUUAAGGACUUGGAAAGAACGCGUAAAUCUGCGAUACUGGAGGGAACCGAGCCGAUCGCCGCCUCCAGCACGCCUCAAUCGCAACCUCCUCGGCCCCGAUCGCCCCAGUUGGCCUCACGUUGGGUGGAACCGCCCAUAAUCGAAACGGAAGAACUUUACUAUUGUAGUGCGGGUGAAUCGUUUGUGGCGCGGGAACGCGAAGAAAUCGCCCACAUUCGGGCCCACGCCGAAGUUCCGGCUUGGCGGGCCCGCCUCUUGAGCCCCAGUCGCUCCGGGCCGGCGGAAAUGGGCGAGGAUUUGACGGACGCUCAUUUCUUGAAACGCCAUGCCAAAUUGGAGGCCGAUGAAAAACGCCGAAAGCGCUGGGAUAUCCAACGCAUCCGCGAGCAAGUGACGAUUCAACGCCUCAAGGCUCGCUAUGAACAGCCGGAUUACUUGUUCAAGCCCAGUGGGAUGGGCUCGAGCGUUCGUCCACCCGCCCCGGACCCGCCCACCGAGCGCGAAACCAUCUAUCCGGAUCCGGAGAACAUUACCCAUGUGUGCGUUCAAGGCACCAUUCCGGUGUGUGCUUUUGGCUUGCCCUUGCCCAAAUUGCCGCCCCAAGAAUUCUCAAUCCCGUGGUUGAGUCCGGCCUCGGUUUGGCAUGACCGGACGAGUGAAAGUAGCGAUGCCUCCGGGCCAGUGGGCUAGUGGACACCAGCUAAAAUUGUGUAGACUUAAAUACAUACCUUUAAUAAAAUUACCUGUGACCUGACCUUUUAAGAAAAUAUUGAUAUAUAUAUAUAAAUAUUCCUAGAUAAUCUUAUCCUCAGCUUGCCGAUUUAAUUUCAGAA